GUACUGUCACUUUACGUUUUGAAAUGAGGCUAUUCAGUAAGGAAACAACUCAAAAGACAUAUCAUAUUCCCUUUGUCAACGAUCAUGGCUUGAAAUACCACGGUGUGUCUUAAAUAAGUAGGUAAACCAUUUAUUUCAACAUGUGAACCCACCCACUCCUUAAUGCCGUCGUUAAAAGUAAUUGCUGCAUACUGUGCAAUAAUGUCAUAUUUAUUCCAACAUCUGUUCAAUUCCACGACGCUCACAACGUGUCACGAAAUGCAUCCACACUUUGAUCAAAUGUCGCGUACGUUGGCGGUUUAACUUUGGAGCCAAACGCCAUCAGCCCGCCGCUAUGGAACACGGAGGCAUCCGCACACUUGUGAAUGGCAUUAAACAAGUCAAAGUGAGCCGGGGAGAGGGGAGGCCUCGUCUUGGGAGAUUUCUGCUCUAGCACAGGCAGCGUGAUGUCAGCGGUGGCAGUGCUGUUGUAAUUGACUUGGUGGGGGUGAUGGCGUCAUUUUAUGCCCUGCUGUAGCCUCCUGCUCCGGUAUCGAAGGGGAGACGGAUCUUUAGCCGACGCGACCGUGGCUCCCUUGGCCGGGAUCGAGCACCGCCGAGCCGGACACUUGACGCCGGGAAACAUGGAGGCUGCGGCCGAGGAGCUGCGGGCCGGCUCUCGGGUACCUGUCACUAUCGAUCAAAUAGUUAACGAUACACUGGUGGUGACGCUGACCUACCGAGAAAGGAGCUAUACGGGAAUAUUGCUUGAUUGCAACAAAAAGACUGGGCUGUUCUGUCUACCAGAAUUCGCAGCCAAACGCGGGGACUGCACGAUAUCUACACCGGUGUGUCAAGAAGUCCCUGAAGUUCUGAGCGAGGAGCCGGUUUCCAAAUCUCCUUGCCAGUCUUCGCACAGACCAAAGGAUGAAAACACCAUCCCAGAAAGCCCUCUUCCCUGCCCUAUACCCACACCAGUGCCAGCUGGGGAGACUCCUUACCCUCCUUAUUUUGAAGGAGCCCCCUUCCCUCCCCCCCUAUGGGUGCGCCGCAGCUACAGCCAAUGGGUACCUCAGCCCCCUCCGCGACCAAUCAAGAGGAAGAAGAGGCGGGCGCGAGAGCCGGGGCGCAUGACCAUCAGCACCAUCCGCCUGCGGCCGCGGCAGGUGCUGUGCGAAAAGUGCAAGAACACACUGAACAGUGACGAGGACAGCAAAGACGGCAUGAGCAACUCCUCUAAGACCUCUAGAAAAGAGAAUUCACUACAGAGCGACGAAGAUGGCGAGGACAAGGACGUCCCCUCCAAGCUGUCGAGGAAAGAGGACGUAGUCGCCGCCAAAGACGCAAAGAGACGCGAAAAUGGCAACAGCCUCGACAGCAAGCGGCUCAGGAAAGACAAACGGGUGGAACCCGAAGGGGAGAAGUUCCCCGGAGGUGUGGUCAUCCCCCACAGUCCUGUCAUAAAGAUCUCUUACAGCACGCCACAGGGGAAGGGCGAGGUCAUGAAGAUCCCCGCCAGAGUCCACGGGUCAGUCAAACCGUUCUGUCCCAAGCAGCUGGCGCAGAACGGCGUGGGAGAGAAUGGCAACGCGCCUUCUGAUCCCACCAAGGAGCAGCGGCACAUUUUAGAUGCCACCAGGUCCGGCCUCACCGUGUCCAUUCCCAAACUCAAACUAACCAGGCCUUUUACCACCGUGGGUCAGGACUUGCCCUCUCCAAAGAUCCGCCUGAGACCCCCUCAGCGGGAGGCCGAGGUGAGCUUGGUGGAGUACGAGGCGGAGCUCGUGGGAGGCACCAGGAGACAAAGCCCCAAGGUGCCCGGCCCGUGCCUGCCGCAUUCUGAGGACUCGGGGGAAGGUAAAAACUCCCUGGAGCUGUGGUCAGGGAGUUCGGGGGAGGAGGUGGAGCGCGUCCACAGCGACCUCACCCUCCUCAUCAACUUCCGUAAGCGCAAGGCGGACUCGUCCAGCCUGUCGGUCUGCAGCAGCGACAGCCUGGACGAGUCCAAGUCCUUCAGCUCCGACGGCACCUCGCCGGAGCUGUGCGACCUGGCGCCAGGAGAAGACCUGUCCGUGACCUCGUCUUCUGUGCCGGCGCGGGAGGACUGCAAGACGGUGCCGCCGCUCACGGUGCGCCUCCACACCCGCAGCAUGACCAAGUGCGUGACGGAGGAGGGCCACGCCGUGGCGGUGGGCGACAUCGUGUGGGGCAAGAUCCACGGCUUCCCCUGGUGGCCGGCGCGCGUCCUCAGCAUCAGCGGCACCCGCAAGCAGGAGACGGCCAGCUGCGAGGCCCAGUGGCCCCAGGCCAAGGUGGCGUGGUUCGGCUCCCCCACCACCUCCCAGCUGUCCGUCGCCAAACUGUCGCCCUUCAGGGAGCUGUUUAGGUCCCGCUUCAACCGCAAGAAGAAAGGGAUGUACCGGAGAGCCAUCUUGGAGGCGGCCAAGGCCGUGGGCCACAUGGGCCCGGAGAUUACGUCGCUGCUGUCCCACGGGGACACGUAGAGGCUGAGGACCGAGGACUGGUCUCCAGUAUUUUUCUUUUCUGAAUUCUCAGACUGUAUCAUCAAGACCCAGGAGGGAGUACGUGCGGUUGCCACGGCUACCUUUUUUUUUCUUCUUUUUUUUUUCUUCACAAGGCUGUAUGAAAAAAUGUCCGCCAAGGUGGAGUGUUGUUGAGACUGGAUACGGAAGAGGAAAAAAAAAAAAAGGCCAGGCAUCUGAUGGUCUACUAUGAACCGAACUACUCCUUUCUUGUUCUUUUUUUCUUUUGUCUAGAUUUAAUCAUAUUUCCAUAGAGCCGGAAAAGGACACUACAAGGACCCAACAUGUAUUUAUUAUCUGUAAAGGUUUAUUAUGAUCCACCCUUCCACUCUCAAACUGCUGCUGUCAUCACCGCGGCCCUUCCAGCUGGUGCGAGGUCCAGACCCUCGUCAGGCCAGAGGAAGCAGGUAGCUUCUUCAAAGGAAUCUCUUCCCCCCCCCAUACACACACACACACACUUGGACAUGAGCUGUUUGGCCGCGGUUUAAAAAGUCUUACCCCCGAAUCCUCUUGUGAACGACGUGGUGACGGUUCCAGCUCCCCUUCCGUCCUCGGAGGCUUUCGGCGAUCUUAUUGGGAUCUGCGGACGUGUUUGUUCUGAACUCUACUCCUAACAGUCACGUUGCGUCCCCCUUCCAUCUCAUGUCUGCAAGCAUCCCCCCCCUUCCUGAGAACUGUUUCUUUUCUUUUUUUGUUCUACAUUACUUUAAUUAUUUAAAGCUUCACGUUUUAAGAAGAAAGAAAAAAAAAAAAAAGCACUUUAUCUGUACCUUUUGUGGCCUGCUGUAAGCUCACUGUCUCAGACACUAUUGGGAGAUUACCGCCCUGAUGGGCAGCAGGGGAGCGCAGAAGUCUUUGUGGUCGACUAUCCAUGGCCUUUGAGAUACGAAAAGAAAAGAAAAAAAAAAAGACGUCUUCUUUUUCACAUUUUAUUUUAUUGUGCGUUUUUGGGAACAGCAGACACGGAUGGUUGUGUGUUGUCUGUUUUCCCCGCAUUCGACUCGGGGUGCGUUUCUAUCUCAGUUUAUCUGCCACACACACAC